GCUGCCGUGCACAACCCACAACAGCAACAUGGCGUUCAAGUUCUCAUUGGGUGCGGCCAAGGGCAACAAGACCCAAGUGAACGCCAAAGUCAAGGCAGAGGAGGAGGCAAAGGAGCGCGAGGAGAAAAAUGCGUUGGAUAAGGUCAUGGCCGAAUUUGAGGAGGAGCAUGGUGCUGGCAGCAAGGUUCUUGGUGACUCAGAGCGAAUUGAAGAAGAGGAGGUGUUUGUUCCGACGGGAAGUAAGAGACAUUUCACGGGGCGGCAACGGAACAUGAAGAGUGGACCCGGGACCCUCGAAGUUGAUCCUCUCGACGAGUUCAGAAGCCCAGGCGCAGGUGCAGGACGGCUCAACCCCCCCACGCAAUCACGAUUUGGCGGCGCAGCCUCUACGGGACCACGGUCUCUUGAGGGAACAAGACAGAAGGAGAAUCUGUACACAACGGUGGUGGCCAAAGCGUCGAAUCUCCCCCCAACAAUGGAUCCGAAACGCGUGGAAGAGCUGUUCGCGGAAUUCCCAUCGCUGAAGGUGACAAAGACGGAGAGAAUCCCCCCUCAUGGCCCCGCAACAAAAGGACGACCGAGCUUGACAAUGAAGGUCAUCUUUGACAAAGAUGCGAAUGCACGAGAUCUCGAUGAUGCCAUGAACAGGCUUAGUGACAAGAAGUACCUGGGGAGAGGCUACUAUCUUCACCUAGAUAGAUAUCUCGGUGGACGUGUUGUGGGGACAGAGCAGCGUAUAGAGCCAUUCGGUGCUCGGUGGCAGGCGCCGGAGGUAGCCAAAGGUUAUGCUCCUCCCCCAGACCUUGGAGGUGGAGUGAAAGACAGAGAUCGACCGCGUGGAGAUACCGAACGCUUGAUUAUUACUGCCAAUCAACCACCGGACAGUGCAACGCUGCGCCUGGUGCACAUGACCAUCGAGGGUGUCAUCAACGGUGGUGUGGAAUUUGAAGCUGCCCUAAUGAAUGACCCGCAAGUUCAGGAAGAAGAACGGUUCGCUUGGCUCUUUGAUCAAAAGCAUCCAGUAAAUCGGUACUACAGAUGGAGAAUGCAUCAAAUCGUAUGCGACACACCGAACUCGGAAAUCUUUCUGCGGCAAGGGAUAUGGCAAGGACCAACGGACCCACUGGCUGACGAGUUUGCGGAUCACCUGGGAGCAUUCGACGCCGACUACGAGGACUCUGACGAGGACGAAGUUGAGGAGAAGCCUCAGCAGAGACAGCUGCCCGUUGGCGACAAUUACCCUGGCCGCGUCGACAAUGGUCACGGUAUCAUGAGUUCUCGCUCAAGAGCGAUGUUACUCUGGCUUAUCACAUCACUGCCACCUGGGAGCAUCUUGGCAGAUGAUAUUGCCGCCAUAUCUGUCUUCGCUGUUGAACAUGCAAACCAGGGCAUGGAUGAGGUCGUACACAUCCUCAUAUCAAACCUGAUUGAGCCAUUCCAGAUGACUGAAACCAACACAAGAAGACGUCUUGGAGAUAUAGAGGGUCGAGAAGAACGCAGGCGCACUGAUUUGCGACAGACUACUCUGAACGCCCUACGCAUCAUUUCUGACAUACUCCUAACUACCUCGCGAGAGUCUGGCGCUUCGUACAAGUACCGACUAGCCAUUGGUACGCAGCUUGUGGAUCGUCAGGCUUUUGAACAUCUUCAGAGACUACCUGCGCAGCUCGAAAUGGGACGGAUGACUGAACGAGCGUACAGAGACGAAGUGAAUAGUAUCCUGACGGUCUGGAAGGACGAGCAUUUGUUCGACAAGCCUGCGCUGGAACACCUGGACAAUGCGUUCAACGCGCAAGAAAGACAGAAGGAGCAGGCCGAGCAAGAGAGGAAGUUGACAGAGAAAAGAAACAAACGCAAGGCUGUCGCAAAGCCCACCACGCGCAACAAGGUGGACGAUGAUGACGGCGGGGACGACAAGAUGGAUGUGGACCAAGAGGACGGCGAGGACAUCACUGCCCUCGAUGGGGCGAACGAUGGCACACCCCAUGCGGUGCCUGAUGUAGCACCGCCCGCCGAUCCGGAGAUCAACGUGAUCGAGGCAGCACCGAAGAGCAGUACGGUCGUCACAGAACCUGAGAUACCCGGGGAGACAGCGGCGGCGCGGGCCCGGCGGCUGCGACCUCGCGCUGAAGACAUGUUUGCGUCGGACGGAGAGUGAAUAAUGCAGCAUUGGACGGAGAGUGAUUAAUGCAGCGUUGUUUUGUACAUGAUACCCUAGACUAGAUUGGCGACCUCCAGGUCUAUGCAAAGACCCGGCGGCAGACAUGUCAAGCCUUGCGAGCAGCUCUGCGGUGACCAGGC